AUGGUGCUCAUGGAAGGCACCGGCGGCUUCACUGCCGUGAACCCCAUGUCAAUACAGACACCGACACAAACCGCAGGCGCGAAGCGGAAACGAGACACGCCCAAAUUCUACGCGGUUCGAGUAGGCAAAUCGCCCGGUGUCUACUACUCCUGGACAGAAUGCCUGGACCAAGUCCGAGGCUUUCCGAAAGCCGUCUUCAAGUCCUUCACAACUCUGACCGAGGCGGAUAACUUUGUCAAGAAUGAGGGAAGCGAUGGUAAGGGCGACAUGAAAGUCACAAAGUGGUAUGGUGUGCAGGCAGGUCGGAACCCGGGGGUCUACACAACCUGGCAGGAGGUGCUGGACCAGAUCACAGGAUGGAAAGGACCGAAGCAUCGAGGAUUUAAGACGAGGACUGAGGCGGAGCAGUACGUGGCAGAGGGCAGACAUAUGAUAGGUGCAUCGAGCGAUGUUCCAAUUGGCAGCAUAGAGCAGGGGGAGCCAGCGCAGAAGAAGAUGAUGAUCAAGGCCAAGCCGAAAAAGGGCGGUGUCGUUAAGAAUGAGACGAGUCCCGGCCCGGCGAUGGAUCAGGGAGAGUACGAGCCGGGGGAGGCACCUUUGCCGGACGACGUGGAGGACGGCUUCGAUACCAGCAUCAUUCUCGACCAUACAACAAACGGUGCGCGAUACAAGACACGGGAAGAACGGGAGAGGAUGACCUAUCAAGCUGUUCGUCCAGUGCCAAAUGCACCAAUACGAAUAUAUACAGACGGAAGCUCCCUCGGGAAUGGGCAAGUAGGUUCGAUGGCCGGCGUGGGAGUCUACUUCGGUUCAGGCGAUAUGCGUAACAUCAGCGAGCCGCUUCAAGGCAGCAAGCAAACGAACCAACGCGCAGAGCUCACGGCCAUCAUCAGAGCGCUCGAGAUUUCCCCGAAGGACCGCAAGAUCGUCAUCGUCAGCGAUAGCAAGUACUCAAUCGACUGUGUCACGAACUGGUUCCAUAAUUGGCAGCGCAAUGGCUGGGUGAACUCUUCCCGAAAGCCUGUCGAGAACAAGGACCUGAUUCAGAAGAUCAUCGAUAUGCUUGAAGAGCGGUUCCAGUUGAAUCAGCAUCGCAUGGAUGAAGGCGAAAAUGCACCUAUCGCGGACAAGCGAGCUCAUUGGGAUCGCGGCCCGGGAGGGGUAAGAUUCGAGUGGGUCAAGGGUCACGAUAAGGACGAGGGCAACAAUGCCGCUGACGACCUGGCCGUCGCGGGAGCCCGGACUGCGCAGGAAUUGAGCGCAGAGAUCACUUUCGACGAUUGA